CGGAAGUCGUCAGCUCUUCGCAUUUUUCCCCAAAGCAGCCAGUGGCUCUCCUUCUACAACCGAGACAAUUCAUCUGCCACGUAUCGGUCAAAUAGUAUUUGUGAACAACUGGAGAAAGAUGAAGAACAGCUCAAACGUCCCGGCAUUCCUGACCAAGCUGUGGACGCUGGUCGAGGACUCGGACACCAACGAGUUCAUCUGCUGGAGUCAGGAGGGCAACAGUUUCCUAGUUCUGGACGAACAGCGCUUCGCCAAGGAGAUCCUCCCCAAGUUCUUCAAGCAUAACAACAUGGCCAGUUUCAUCAGGCAGCUGAACAUGUAUGGAUUCCGUAAGGUGAUGCACAUCGAUACGGGCCUUGUUAAACAGGAGAAAGAUGGUCCGGUGGAGUUUCAGCACCCUUACUUCAAACAUGGACAAGACGACCUGCUGGAGAACAUCAAGAGGAAGGUUUCAAAUGCACGGCCUGAAGACAAUAAGAUCCGACAGGAGGACCUGAGCAAAAUCCUGGCCAGCGUUCAGAGUGUUCACAGCAAACAGGAGAGCAUUGACGCCGGGCUUGAAACACUCAAAAGGGAGAAUGAGGCUCUAUGGAGGGAGAUCUCAGACCUGAGACAGAAGCAUGCUCACCAACAGCAGCUCCUCAAGAAGCUGAUACAUUUUAUCAUCACGUUGGCGCAGAACAACCGCAUUCUGAACUUAAAACGCAAAAGGCCAAUUCUUUUGAACGGCAAUGGAAAGAAGCCCAAAUACAUUCACGAGAUUUAUGACGACAAAGUGUGCGAACAGACGUGCACCGGCGGUCUGACCGGUGUGAAGGGCCCGGAGGUUUCGGAGGACGUGGUCAUCUGUGACCUGACUGAGGGUGAUGCAGAUGUGACCGCCGGGAGCACGGAGGGUUCAACCAAAGCCUCGGAGCAAGGGGACGCAGAGACACUGGAGGUGGAGGUGGAGGCCUCCGGGCUGCAGCCGGCGGAGGCGGGGGUGUGCUCCACCCGUUCAGACCAGGUCCGGCAGAGCCCGGCGCCGGACGGCCAGACGGUCAGCAGCCCGGUCAGCAGCGUCCUGCAGCUCAACAGGGCGUCCAGCCUGAGCAUGGAGGACCCGGUCAAGAUGAUGGACUCCAUUCUGAACGAGAACGGAGCCAUAUCGCAAAACAUCAACCUGCUGGGAAAGUUGGAGCUCAUGGACUAUCUGGACAGUAUUGACUGCAGCCUGGAGGACUUCCAAGCCAUGCUCUAUGAGAAGCAGUUCGAUGUGGAUUUUGAUACCCUCGGGGAGUGUGUUUCUUCCAAAGAGAACGUCCCACAGGCCGGAAAAGACAGGACAGCAGAGGACUGCACAGAUAAACAGUUGGUCCAGUACACCUGCAACCCCCUGCUGGCCUUUUUGGACGGCUGCGCUCCGGCCGCAGAGCUGGACCCGGGCCCCGCCGGCCCCCCGCCACCGCCCCCCCCCGGCCCCGAGCUGCUGGACGGCGGUCUGGACGCCAAGCCGCUGCCGCGCAGCUCCCUGAUCCGGCUGCAGCCGCUGACCGAGGCCGAGGCCAGCCAGGACGCGCUUUUCUACCUGUGCGAGCUGAGUCCGGCCAGGAGCCUGAGCGAGGUGUGA